CCGUCAUGUCUUCUCCACCGCCUGAACCUGUCGAGAACACUAAACCAGCAGAUGAGGACGACCCCAUGCAAGGGUCCGGAGAAGAAGGCGUAGGCGAAGGGGACGUCGUGGACGCAAGGAUCUCGGACGACAGUUCGGAGGAACCAGAGGAAGAUGAAGAAGAGGAGAGGCGGAUCAGGGAAGGUUUUAUAGUUGAUGAGGAUGAGGAGGAGGAAGAAGCCGAGGACGACGAAGAGGAGCGUCGUAGAAGAAGGAAAAGGCGUAAGAGGCGUCAUCGGCGAGAGCGCGAGGAAGAGGCUUUGGAGGAAGACGAUCUAGAACUCCUGGAGGAGAAUACUGGCACGUCUUUCAAACAUCGACUAACUCGCUUACGGCGCGCCCACGAUUCUGAGUCGCCGCCGACCGCUUCUUCUUCGAAACGGAAGAAUGUAGUUCAGUCUGACGAGGGCGAUUUGGAUAACGAUGACCUUGAGAUGCCACGAAUUCAAGAUAUUCACAAUAUCUGGGAUGACGAGAGGGCCGUGGGUCGUGAUGAUGAGGACGAUGUCGAUAUGGACGAUAUGGACAACUUUAUCGACGAUGACGAUGACGAGCAAGGCGGUGCCAUGGACGAGGAGGAACGGGAGGAGCGGAGGCGUGAGAGGCGACGGCAAGAGAGGGAGCGAAGGAAGGCACUUGGCUCUAAGUCAGUACCAGGGAUCGAUGCUAGUGCUUGGGAUGAAAUCUAUGAAGUGUUCGGCGAUGGCCAUGACUACGACUGGGCCCUUGUAGACGACGACGAGGGUGCCAUGGACGAGGAGCUUUCGAAGCCAGAAACCAAGUAUCAGGAUGUCUUCGAACCUUCCGAAAUCAAGGCCCGCAUGCUUACAGAAGACGACGAUGUCAUCCGCGCUCAGGAUAUUCCGGAGCGUAUGCAGUUGGCGACGUCCUCACUGUCCCAGUCGGCUACGCUCUCUCUCCAGGAAUCCUUAACGGAGAAUGAUUUGGACGACGCCGCUUCUUGGGUUAUCACUCGGCUCUCAUCUAGGAAGGAGCGUGACUUCUUCCGUCCUGAUGGUCAAUUUCACCGCUACCUUCCCGAGCUCGUCCAGGCCAUUUCAUACGCCCUUCAAUACCUUUUCGUUCAGGAGUUCGAAGUUCCUUACAUCUGGACGCACAAACGGGACUAUAUCUCGUACUUUAACCCUCAGGAUCUGAAGACGCGGGUUGAACUACUGUCCCUCGAGGAUCUAUGGCGAGUGUAUGCGGUUGGACAGAAGUAUCGGUCCUUAGUAGAGCGUCGCAAAGCGCUUGACGCGCUCUACGGCCGUCUUGGCGUUUCUGACGAGUAUUUCGAGAACGAAAUCCGCAAGAAGGUCGAGACAGUCGAGAUGGUUGCCGACUCUACCGAGUGGUUGAGCAUGAAGUAUAGGGACAACAAGAAGCAGCAAUUCGAGUUUCAGUUCCAUGACGACGAAGAGCAACCCGAGGCUCAAAAGCGCAAGAUGCCCAGUCGCACGUCCGCUUACGAUAUCGCAAAAAAGAGUGUGGUGGCAAAGUUAGCCCAGGGUUUCGGCAUUCAAUCACACGAAGUUGUUCUUAAUUUUGUCGAGAAUAAGAAUACGCAUCCUGUUGAAGAGCAAGACCUGGAACCUGCCGCGUACGCGGACCAGUUCGUUGACCCAGACCCCGCGAAGGCACUAGUCCCCGAAGAGUUGCUCCGUCGUGCUCGAAUGAUCUUGGCUACAGAACUUGGAAAAGAUCCUUUACUGCGUCAGGAGAUGCGCGACCGGUUCAGGAGAGAGGCAUUGGUCUCUGUGCGGCCCACUGAGCGUGGGAUUAGCAAGAUAGACGAUCAACAUCCUUACUACAACUUUAAGUACCUGAAGAACAAGCGCGCCAUCGAUAUGCUUCAAUCUGCGCAGCUCUUGCACAUUCUCGAGGCUGAAGCACAGCACCUUGUCACUGUCGCCAUCACUCUUCCUGCGGAAGUCAAAGGCGACUUCGAACGGCGGUUGGCGGAUGCUUUCUCUGUAGACGCUUACACUGAUGCCGGUCGCGCCUGGAACGCGGAACGAUUGCGCGUCGUCCAGGAAACUCUUGAUCAACAUCUCCUCCCUGCCGCUGUGAAGUGGACCCGCGAGUGGAUUCGCGAAGAAGAGGAAGAGUCUUUGUGCAGACAGUGCGCGUACAGCCUGCGUGGGCGCAUCGACGUCGCUCCUUGGAGAAACAAAGACAGUAAUAUCCGACCAGGGGAGAUUCCAUCCGUCAUGGCGUUAUCAUGGGGUAAAGGUGACCCUCAGAAAGACUCUAUCACUAUGGUGCUCUUGGACGAAGGCGGUCGUCUCCGUGAACACACUCGUCUCGACAACCUGGUGGACACUGAGAACAGACUCGAGCUCAGAGAGAUCGUGAAACGCCGACGCCCGGACAUUAUUGCUAUCGGGGGAUUUACCAUAGCCACAACGAAGCUCGCCCAUCGAGUCAAGGAGCUCAUAAACCCCCCUGAGCAAGGGUCGGAGUACUAUGGUGGUCCUGACCCUAAUCUUGAGCCCCUCGGUAUCGACGUGAUCUACGUUUUCGACGAGGUAGCCAGGAUAUACCAGCACAGCAAGCGUGCGGACGAGGAGUUCAGCUCCCUGACCCCCCUAGCUAAAUACUGCAUUGGCCUCGCCCGCUAUGUCCAGAGCCCUCUGAACGAGUACGCUGCCCUUGGUUCUGACAUCACCAUAAUCACCUUCGACGAGGAGUACCAGCAGCUAGUUCCCAAGGAGAAGUUGUUGACAGCGCUGGAGCGAGUCCUGGUAGAUGUCACAAACAAGAUUGGGGUCGACAUCAAUCGCGCUAUCACUGACUCGUACUACCAACAUUUACUUCCGUUCGUGUGUGGCCUCGGUCCACGAAAGGCCCAGGCGCUGGUGAAGAGGAUAGCAGCGAUAGGCGGCACCUUGGUCAAUCGCGACCAAUUCAUCCGCAACGGUCUUCUCACCACUAAGAUCUUCCUGAAUGCUGCCGGUUUCCUUCGCAUUGCACAAGACCACGAUUUGCCGAAACCUCCUAAGAAUCGGCAUAACGAGGACAUCGAUGUUGCGGACCCGCUGGAUAACACUAGGAUUCACCCGGAGGAUUAUGAGUUAGCUCGGAAGAUGGCUACCGAUGCCCUCGAGCUCGACGAGGAAGAUGUUCAUGACGAACACCCCUCCCAUGUCGUGACCCUCAUCAUGAACGACCCUGACAGCAGUAAAAAGCUUGGCGAGCUCAAUCUCGAUGACUUCGCAGUCAACAUGUACGAGACGAACCAAGACAAGAAGCGAUGGACCUUGGUUCUUAUCCGCCAGGAGCUUAUCGAGCCCUUCAAAGAGUCUCGCAAGGACUGGAAGGAAGCUGAAGAGUGGGAUAUCGUUGCUAUGUUAGCCGGCGAGACGAGGGACACUUUGCGGAAAAAUCUCAUGCUAUCGGUGCAAGUCACUCGUGUUAGGGAGUCCACGAUUGGCGUUCGACUGGAUUCGGGUCUCGAAGGUACCAUCACACGGUUGUCGGACGACCACACAGUCAGGCCGCGCGAUAUCGCGAAGACAGGCCAGACACUCCAGGCUUACGUCUUGGGGCACGACUUCAACAUUGUUCGAGACAUAUUCACCGUCGAGUUGUCCACUCGGGCUACUGACAUGGUCGUUGGCGACACCCAAUACAAGCGCACCAAGCCGGAUGACUGUUGGGACUAUGUACAGCACGACCGUGACAACGAGCUGCUGCAAAGGAAAAAGCGGGCAGAAAUUGACAAGACGCGGAGGGUCAUUAAGCAUCCGAACUUCCACAACUUGAACGCUUCGCAAGCCGAACAGUUCUUGGACAAGCAACAACGAGGCGAUGUUGUCAUCCGGCCGUCGUCGAAGGGUCCGAACCACCUGGCUGUCACUUGGAAGGUUGAUGACAAGCUCUUCCAGCAUAUUGAUGUUCUGGAAGUCGAUGCGGACCUUAACAGCCAGUCUGUCGGCAAGCAGCUUAUCAUCGACAAGUACACAUAUGCCGAUCUGGAUGAGCUGAUCGUCAAUCACGUCGGGGCGAUGGCCCGGAAAGUCGAGGAGCUCAUGGCUCAUGAGAAGUUCAAGCACGGUUCUGAAGACGAACUUCAUCUAUUCUUGAAGAACUUCGUCGCCGCCAACCCGUCCAAGAGUGCGUAUGGCUUCACCUUGAACAGGAAGCGUCCCGGGCAUUUCAAUCUUUGCUUCCUCGCGAACAAAAACUCUACUGUGCAAACCUGGCCCGUUCGUGUUACUCCGCAAGGUUAUUAUCUCUUCGAUACCCCCGCAGCUGGCGUAUCGGAGCUGUGCGAUGCCUUCAAGGUCAGACAUCUGCACGAAUCUCAGAAUCUUGGGGGCGGUGGUCUCGGUGGGAAGACACCUUAUGGUGCCCGCACGCCUGCCCGCACGCCUGCAGCUGGUCACGCAACCCCUGGCCGGAUGUCUGUUCGCCAGGUGCCGACACAUACACCGAACCCGUACGGGGGCGCACCAGCGUCCAAUAUGCCGCCACCACUGCCGCCUCCUUCGAUUGGAGGGACGACGCCGUAUGCUGGGUAUCAGACUCCUGGAUACCCCGGCCGUCCAACGCAGCCUCCGCUCGCACAGCGAAAUGGUAACUGGGGGAGGUAGCGUUGUCCAUGCUGGUAUCUUUGUUGCAUUUUUGUGUAUCAUUUUGUUGUUAAUCGGAUAUGCCCCAUAUCCUAUCUUCAUGUAGACUAUGCAUAUUUCAGAUAACUGGCAGCUCUCACUCGC